AUGGCACUUACAAGCGAAUUACCGGAGGGAAAAAAUUUCAAAGUAUAUUUUGAUAAUUGGUUUUCGUCACUUCAACUUUCUGUCACUCUAAAAGAAAGACAAAUAUUUAGUAUCGGUACAGUAAGACAAGAUAGGAUGGGAAAGUGUCCACUGCAAUUGGAAAAAGAAUUUAAAAAAAAAGGACGAGGAUCAUAUGAUUCCAAAGUUGAAACGGAAAAUAAUAUAUUAUCAUUAGUUCGUUGGUUUGAUCGGAAGUCAAUCAAUUUUUUAUCUACGUAUACGAGUGUUGAACCUCUUGGGACUUUUAAGCGCUGGAGCAUGUCUGACAAAAAAUUUAUUGAAGUACAAAGACCUCAUGUUGUGGAGGAAUAUAAUAAAUUUAUGGGUGGAGUAGACCUUGGCUGA